UCUUGUUGACUCUGCGUGUCUCUUGUCUCUCCUCCAGAGAAAGUCAGUAUGCUGUCAGCAUUGAUCGCUCCCUUCAAGUACAUAAGCCCUGGGACCAGCAGCACAGAGGACGAGGACAGUUUAAGUACCAGCAGUGCUGAGGUAAAGGAAAACCGUAACAUUGGUAACCUAGAGGAUCGCUCCAUUGGGUCUGCAGAGUGCCAGUCGCUUUUCUGCUCCGACUCUGCGAGAAGUGGCAGCUCCGGUCUGAAGAGGAAACGGCCGCUGGAGGAGGACAACAACGGCCACUUGUGUCAGCUCCGCCUGAUCUAUAAGAAACUGUCCUGGUCGGAAGCACCGAAGAAUGCGUUGGUGCAGCUGAACGAGCUCCGGCCGGGCCUGCAGUACCGCAUGGUGUCUCAGACGGGCCCUGUCCACGCUCCUGUCUUCUCCAUCGCUGUGGAGGUGAACGGGCUGACCUUCGAGGGCACGGGUCCCACAAAGAAGAAAGCGAAGAUGAGGGCCGCCGAGCUGGCGCUCAAGUCCUUUGUCCAGUUCCCCAACGCUCCUCAGGCCCACCUGGCCAUGGGGAACAUCUCAAACCCUUCGGCUGACUUCACCUCGGAUCAGGCGGACUUCCCUGACACCCUCUUCAAGGAAUUUGAGUCCUCGCCGUGCUCCGAUGGCCUCUCGCUCUGCAACGCAGCGGCAGAGAGCGACCUACUGUCGAGUGAGCUGCUGAGACAUGGACGGUUGCUUCGCCAUACCUUGGACCUGAUGGUGCAGGCUCAACAGAGGCUAGGUGGGAUUGUUCCGGAGCCAGAGGCCGCCAAGAGCCCCGUGGCGUUGCUCAAUGAGCUCCGGCCGGGUCUUCGCUACGCCUGCCUCUCAGAGCGAGCUGAAGGCCGGCGGCUGCGUAGCUUUGUGAUGGCGGUGCGCGUGGACGGGCAGAUAUUUGAGGGCUCUGGUCGCAGCAAGAAGUUGGCCAAGACCCAGGCGGCCCAGUGUGCCCUUCAGGCUCUCUUCAACAUCAGGACAGCCCCCGAGGGGAGGACAGGCCUCAAAGCCAGCAGGAACGGCUGUCCUCAUUUACCCCAGGACUUUGCCGAUUCAAUAUUCCACUUGGUGAGAGAGAAGUACCGGUCGCUGGUGGGUAGCUGCAGUCCUGCGCACGCUCGCCACAAAUCCCUGGCAGGCAUCGUAAUGACCCGAGGUCUGGACCUGAGGCACGCCCAGGUGGUGGCGUUAUCCACGGGCACCAAGUGUAUCAACGGGGAGUAUCUGAGUGACCAGGGACACGUGGUCAAUGACUGUCACGCUGAAAUCACGGCCCGCAGAGCCCUGCUGCGCUUCCUCUACUCUCAACUUGAACUCUUCUUGAGUAAAAGGCCAGAGGACUGGGAGGAGUCGAUAUUUGUGCGGCACAAGGAGUGCGGCUACAUGUUGAGAGACAACGUCCAUUUCCACAUGUACAUCAGCACGUCGCCGUGUGGGGACGGGAGGCUCAACUCGCCCUAUGAAAUCACCACUGACUUGCACAGCAGCAGGCACCGCGUGAGGAAGCAGCGCAGCCACCUGCGGACCAAAAUCGAGUCGGGCGAGGGGACGGUGCCGGUGCGAUGUCGGGGGCCCGUCCAGACGUGGGACGGGGUCUUACAGGGCGAGCAGCUCAUCACCAUGUCCUGCACCGACAAGAUCACCAGAUGGAACAUCCUUGGCCUGCAGGGGGCGCUGUUGAGCCACUUUGUGGAGCCGGUGUACCUGCACAGCAUGACCGUCGGCAGCCUGCGCCACACGGGCCAUCUGGGCCGGGUUCUGAACCAGCGCCAGGAGCGCCUGGGCCCCCUGCCCCCCACGCACAGACGCAACCAGCCCCUGCUCAGCGGGCUGAGCAGCGCCGAGUAUCAGCAGCCGGGGAAGGCCUCAUGCGUGAGUGUCAACUGGACGCUGGGUGAUUCCCAGUUGGAGGUGGUCAACACAGCCACCGGACAGAGACGGGACUCGGGGACGCCCUCGCGGCUCUGCAAGCACGCCCUGUUCACGCGCUGGGACAGACUGUACCGCAAGUCGGGGAUCCGCGUGUCCGGCUCGGUGGAGCGCCAGCUCAUGUACUGCGAGGCCAAGAUGGCGGCCCGUUCUUACCAGACAGUGAAGCAGCAGUGGUUCAGAUCUCUGCAGGAAAUGGGCUUCGGGACCUGGGUCAAGAAACCGCCCGAGCAGGAACAGUUCCUGCUGUCGGACUGAGGAAGCCUGUGUGUGUGUGUGUGUGUGUGUGUGUGUGUGUGUGUGUGUGUGUGUGUGUGUGU